AUGGAUUCGCCAAAUUCUCUAAAUCCAUACAACAACAUGAGUCUAGAGGAUAUCAUAAUUGCAGAGUGUACUGACGAUCAUGAUGAUCAAUAUUUCAAAGUGCUCAUGGAUGGGGGUAGCUCAACAAGACAAGGAAAAAAGAGAGCCCACAUUGAUAGGGGUCAUGUAGAAGGACACCAACUCGGUAGAAGGGAACUUUCGCCAUUACAGAAGUGCACCGCUGCUAUGCGAAUGUUGGCAUAUGGAUCACUUGCCGAUUAUGUUGAUGAGUAUGUUCGAAUUGGUGAAACCACUGCUAUUGAAUGUCUAGUCAAUUUCGUUCGGGGAGUGGAUGAUAUUUUUGGGACCGAAUAUUUAAGACGGCCCAAUGCUGGGGACAUUCAUCGCUUACUUCAAAUGGGGGAGGCGCAUGGUUUUCCAGGCAUGUUGGGAAGCAUUGAUUGUAUGCACUGGGAAUGGAAAAAUUGCCCAGUUGCAUGGAAAGUCCAAUUCACGCGAGGUGAUCACGGCAGACCAACAAUCAUGCUCGAAGUAGUUGCGUCACAAGAUCUUUGGAUAUGGCAUGCAUUUUUUGGUGUUCCAGGAUCCAAUAAUGAUCUCAAUGUGUUGAAUCAAUCCCCAUUAUUCAUUGAUAUCUUACAAGGGCAAGCUCCGAAAGUUGAGUUUACGAUAAAUGACACAGAAUACAACAAGGGGUACUAUCUAGCAGAUGGUAUCUAUCCAAAGUGGGGUACAUUUGUUAAAACUAUCCCACCGCCUCAAGGAGAGAAAAUAAAAUUAUUUGCCCGAUGCCAAGAAGCGGUAUGCAAAGAUGUUGAGCGAGCAUUCAGAGUACAUGAACCUAUUUCUGACUUCCUGAUAAUGCUUCAAAGAAAUGUUGAAACUCGUGAUGAAACAUUCAUCGCAAUCUUCAGGCGGACUUGGUAG